AUGGACGGCUCCGGCAACGACCAUGCCUCCCCAAUGGCCACCGACGAAGAGCAAUAUAAUUUCAUGCCGUCGCUACCGCAUAUGGGGCUUCUCGUGAACUUCAUAAUGCGCAGAGCUGAGUCCAACAUCGAAACCACGGCUACGGGUUACAACGACGGAGAGUACGAAGACAUGAUCGAGUAUAGCGACGACGACGCUUACAGCGGCGGCGAUGGAGACAUGAUCGAGUAUGGAGACGACGACGCGUACAGCGGCAGCGGUGGAGACAUGAUCGAGUAUGGUGACGACGACGCCUACAGCGGCGGCGGCUUCGGCUCAGUCCCGGCGUCCAGCGAUGAGAUCGCCCGUCUGGAGAAGGCAAAGGUGGGGGAUACGAGGGAGGCGGAGUGCGCGGUGUGCAUGGAGAGUUUCCUGGAAGGUGCCGACAUCAGGAAGCUGCCGUGCUCCCAUGGCUUCCACGAGAGGUGCAUCUCCGACUGGCUACGGGUCAGCCGUUUCUGCCCGUACUGCCGCUUCGCGCUGCCCGCUGACGAUAAGUGGACACAGUCGAAGACAGAGGUUGAGCAUAGCGCGAUCGAGGAAGGGUAUGACUAUGAGGACUAUUUUGCUGCUGUGUUUGUUACAUGCUGUGCUUUUGUGAUUUGCGUGUUGCUGUGGUUUGACCUUGUAAUGGCUGAGGUGAAAAAGCAGCUACUUGUAGUUCUCUGGUAG